AUGGGCGCAGGCGUUUUACACCUGUACGAUACGCUGCCGGAGGGAGACGAGGCGCACAGUACGCGCGGACGCCUCGGGCCCUGCCUGCGCGCCUCUCCCGCUCUCGCUUCCCUCCCCACUGCUCCGAAGCGCACCAUCCCUUCGACACGGACACAGCACACGCGACACGGCACACGGCACACAGGACGGGUCAUCCUCUCUCGAUCCUGCGACCGCGACCGCGAGCACGGGCGUUCUGCACCUCUAUGCUGCCGAAGGGAGACGAGGCCUCCCCACCACUCUGAGCACCCAGAGGAGCGCCCGCCGCUCGCACACGCGCACCUUCCACACCGAAAUUCGAGAUGCGCACCGUUCUCGGCUCGCACCGACUCGACUCGCAAACGGACGGGUCGUCCGGGCGUUGUUCUACUUCGCCGCGCGACGCACCCGCGCUCUUUUAUUAAAAACUUCUACGCGCACCUCCCCGCCAAGCGACGAUCCGGAACGAAAGUGCAUAAAUAUCGAUAA